CGGCGGAGUUUCAGAUCUCCCACGUUACAUCCUCCGAAGAUUGUAACUUUUCGACAAAUCUACGUUUUUGUACGUUGACUUCUCGUGGCUAUAUAAGUCAAACCCUCUUUUCUCUCUAUAUCUCGUCUUCUUUGCAGAAACCCUUUUAUCCCGAUCCAAUACGAUGGCAGACACCACAGGAUCCGACAUGAAACCAGAUUCGUUCAUGUCGGAAAAAUCCGCAAAGAUCUUCGUCGCUGGACACAGAGGAUUGGUCGGAUCCGCGAUUGUCCGAAAACUCCAAGAAUCCGGUUUCACAAACCUCAUCCUCCGAACCCACUCCGAGCUAGAUCUCACCAACCAAAACGACGUCGAAUCCUUCUUCUCAACCGAAAAGCCUGCUUACGUCAUCCUCGCCGCGGCAAAAGUCGGUGGGAUCCACGCCAACAACACCUACCCGGCCGACUUCAUCGCAGUCAACCUCCAAAUCCAAACCAACGUGAUCCACUCCGCCUACACGCACGGAGUCAAAAAACUCCUCUUCCUCGGCUCCUCUUGCAUCUACCCGAAAUUCGCUCCUCAGCCCAUUCCAGAAUCCGCUCUCCUCACAGGCCCACUAGAGCCCACCAACGAGUGGUACGCGAUCGCGAAGAUCGCGGGGAUCAAGAUGUGCCAAGCGUACAGGAUUCAGCACAAGUGGGACGCUAUCUCCGGCAUGCCGACGAAUCUCUACGGCCAGAACGAUAAUUUCCACCCCGAGAAUUCUCACGUGUUGCCUGCUCUGAUGAGGAGGUUCCACGAGGCGAAGGCUAAUGACGCUGAGGAAGUUGUGGUGUGGGGGAGUGGGAGUCCGUUGAGGGAGUUUUUGCACGUGGAUGAUUUGGCUGAUGCUUGUGUUUUUUUGAUGGGGAGGUAUAGUGGGUUUGAGCAUGUUAAUGUUGGGAGUGGUGUGGAAGUUACGAUUAAAGAGUUGGCUGAGUUGGUUAAGGAGGUUGUUGGGUUUCAAGGGAAGCUUGUUUGGGAUUGUAGUAAGCCUGAUGGGACGCCGAGGAAGUUGAUGGAUAGCUCGAAGCUUGCGUCUUUGGGAUGGACACCGAAGGUUUCUUUGAGAGAUGGGCUGCGUCAGACUUAUGAUUGGUAUUUGGAGAAUGUUGUGCAGAAGAAGCAGUAAAAGGAGAAACGUUUCAGGUGAUUGCGUUUGUUUUUAAACGCUAGUGUUUUAUGGUUUUGCGUUUUGGCUUCUAUAUUUCUAUAUCUAAUGUAACUUUUGUAUUCAUGGAUUUCAUAUACCCAUGUUGAGAUUAUCAAUAAAAUCGAAACCUU